UCUUGCUUGCUAAGCUGUAGUGUAGUGUGCGCGCGCGCCGGUUACUGUCAUUGAGUUAAGUUUACUUCCUCCCCAUUUACUCCAAUUUGAAUUUGUUCCCUCCCAAUGGAAAGAAGCGGAGGCCACAACCAUAACGGUAAUGGCAGAGGCAGAGGCAGAGGCAGAGGCAGAGACAGAGGAAGAGGAAGAGGAAGAGGCAGAGGAAGAGAGUUUCAUCAGCAACACCAAUUUCAACAAACUUGGCAACAAAGUCCAAAUCCAACUUCAUCUUCAUCUUCAUCUUCAAAUCCUCCUCCUAUAACUAUGCCUCAUAACCGUCAACCUCAAGUCCAAACUCGUCCACUUCCAUAUAUUGGAGCUCUAAAAAUAAAAGAGCAGCCACCGGAAAAUACCAAAAUUGGACCUAUAUACCGGCCUGACAAGGGAGGGACAUUGUCGGUUCGAUACUACCCACUUCAUGUGAAUCAUUUUCCGGUGGCCUUCAAUCCACAAAGUAUUAUCAUGCACUACGAUGUGGAUGUGAAGGCUACUUUGCCACCGAAAGAGGGUUUGCCUCCGAAGAAGAUUUCCAAGUUUGAAUUGUCCAUGAUCAAGGAAAAGUUGUUCGCUGAUAAUCCUCAGACACUACCUUUGUCGAAGACUGCUUAUGAUGGACAGAAAAACAUCUUUAGUGCUGUGCUAUUGCCCGAAGAAACUUUUACUGUCGAGGUCUUAAAAGGAGAAAAUGUAAGAGCUGUUUCCUAUACAGUUACUAUAACGCUGGUGAACACCCUCGAGCUUCACAAGUUGAGAGAUUACCUCAAUGCUAGAGUGACUUCCAUUCCAAGGGAUAUUUUACAGGGAAUGGAUUUAGUGGUGAAGGAGAACCCGGCAAGGCGCACUGUUUCUUUAGGACGAUGUUUCUUUCCCCCUGAAAAUCACAUGAUGCAGAAGCAACUUCAACCCGGAAUAAUUGCAGCUGAAGGAUUUCAACACAGUCUCAAGACCACUGCUCAAGGUUUAUCUUUGUGUCUUGACUAUUCGGUUAUUUCUUCUCCAAAGCCAAUCGGAGUCUUGGAGUUCCUCAAAGAAUAUAUUCGGGGUUUCAAUUUGGGUGAGUUUCGUAAAUAUAAGAAACGUGUCGAGGAUGCACUCAUUGGAUUGAAAGUAAAUGUCACUCACAGGACAACCAAACAGAAAUACACCAUUGCUUCAUUAACACCUAAGGAUACACGCCACCUUACUUUCACUACUUUGGAGCAAGAGGCCCAAAACCCUCCAGGAAGCACCUCUCUUGUUCAGUACUUUCAAACUAGAUAUGACAAAGAUAUUAAACACCAAGAUAUUCCUGCAUUGGUUUUUGGGGGAAAGAAGACUAAUUUCGUGCCUAUGGAAUUUUGUAUCUUGGUUGAGGGUCAAAGAUUUCCCAAAGAGAAAUUGAACUUAAAUGCCAACAAUUACUUGAAAACUAUGUCCUUAGCUAUUCCACAGCAUAGGAAAUCUACGAUACAAGGGAUGAUGAAUUCUGGUGAUGGACCGUGCGGCGGUGAUAUUCUUCAGAAUUUUGGAAUGGAUGUCAGCACUUCCAUGACAAAUGUGACCGGACGCGUAAUUGGGCCUCCAAUAUUGAAGUUAGGUGAUCCAAAGGGAAAUAGUACUCCUAUAAAACUGAACCCAGAGAAAUGUUAUUGGAAUCUAGUUGGAAAGUCAAUGGUAGAAGGAAAACCUGUUGAGUGUUGGGGCAUCAUUGAUUUUACCAGCAAUUUAUCUUCUUGGUGCAAAUGGAGAUUAAGAGACGAACAGUUUGUUCACGAUCUUAUGGAUAAGUACGAAAAGUUGGGCAUUGACAUGAUGCAGCCUGUUUGUUAUGAGUAUUCUGCAAUGUGGAAACUUGGGGAUUACAAUUCACUAUGUGAAUUACUUGAAAAAAUAAAGGAUAUGGUUAAAAGAAAAUGUCGGCGGCAGCUGCAAUUUCUGCUUUGUGUGAUGGCCAACAAGGACCCAGGAUACAAGUGCCUCAAGUGGAUUGCUGAGACUAAGGUUGGCAUAGUGACACAGUGCUGCUUAUCUGGUAAUGCUAAUCAAGGGAAAGACCAAUAUCUCACAAAUCUUGCUUUGAAGAUCAAUGCAAAAAUUGGAGGCAGUAACGUAGAGCUCAUUAAUAGGCUCCCACACUUUGAGGAUGAAAGUCAUGUUAUGUUUAUAGGGGCUGAUGUCAAUCAUCCAGGUUCUCGGGACACAGAUAGUCCAUCAAUUGCUGCGGUGGUUGCCACUAUUAACUGGCCGGCUGCAAAUCGCUAUACAGCACGUGUUUGCGCUCAAGAGCAUCGGACGGAGAAAAUUUUGAAUUUUGGAGAAGUUUGCCUUGAGGUUGUUAGAUAUUAUGAGAAGUUAAACAAAGUCAGGCCCCAAAAAAUUGUUAUAUUUCGUGAUGGUGUUAGUGAGAGCCAAUUUCACAUGGUCCUCACUGAGGAGUUACGAGAUUUGAGGACAGUGUUUCAGCACUCAAAUUACUUCCCAACUAUCACUCUUAUUAUAGCACAAAAGCGACAUCAAACUCGAUUGUUUCCUAUUCAUAAGGGGGACAGGAAUGGUAAUUUCAAUGUGUUACCUGGUACAGUUGUGGACACAACGGUGGUACAUCCUUUUGAAUUUGAUUUUUACCUUUGUAGUCACCAGGGAAUUCUAGGUACAAGCAAGCCUACUCACUAUCAUGUCUUGUGGGAUGAGCACAAGUUUAGUUCUGAUGAUUUGCAGAAACUCAUAUAUGACAUGUGCUUUACCUUUGCAAGGUGCACUAAACCUGUAUCUUUAGUCCCUCCAGUGUACUAUGCUGACCUUGCUGCAUAUAGAGGAAGGCUAUACUAUGAAGCAAGCUUGUUGGCGCAAUCAUUACCUAUGGCUUCUUCUUCAACUGCGUCAAUUUCAAAUGAUCCCGGGAUUUACAAGUUGCAUCCUGAUACGGAGAACAUGAUGUUCUUUGUCUGAAAUCUGCAUCUACUCGUUCUUUUAUGGCAGAAAAACUAUUAAUGGUAUAACUUCUCUGCUCUCCAUGCAUUGAGACAAUAUACUUUUACUGCUUGAAGUAACUAUGUAGUUUUUUUUUUCCAAGUAACUAAGUAGUUUUUUUUUUUUUUUUCCAUGUAACUAAGUAGUUUUUGUUUUUCAUGUAACUAAGUAGUUUGUACGUGAAUGUAAUGGAUUGUGUCUUGUCCUUUGUGAUAUGAUCUCUAGUAAGGCUGAAAAUGGGUCAGUGGGCUAUAGUAAUGAGAAGCUCACUAUUUGGCAGUUAGUUAGUAGUGGAGGGAAUAUGUGUGGUAGCAAUAGGAAUCGUUACCAAUUAUGUUACAAUCAUUAGUGUGAGGUGUCAAAUGCUUUCCAUUUAAUAGUUGUAGCCAAUACCUAGCUUUUCCAUUUAAUAAUAUGCAGGGAUAAUUACA